UGGAGACAGAAGGAGUCUUCUACUUUGUAGUAUGCUUGAUGUCAUGAGGCGGAUGGAAUUCUGCAUCCCUUCUCCGCAGUUGACAGGCCCGCUUGCUCGAUAUUGGCUCCUUGGGGCGCUCAGUCCUCAUGGCACAUCCACAAUCCCACAUAAGUUAGGUAGGGGCAGGAAACCUUAUCAACGCGAUAUCUUUGUUCGAAGUGGAGUGGCAUCCUGGCUUGGACCUGAGCUUCACGGCUGGGAACAAUGGUAGAGUUGCCCACUCUACUCCACGGCUGUCAAUCUCGAUUUUAGAAGUAUAUACUCCAU